AUGUCCCGACGGAGCUCCAGAACGCAGCGAUCCCCGAAAACCUCCUCUGCUGUCAGAUCUGCCACCAUGACCGACGACUCCCCCAACCACUAUACAAGGGCAAUCGAGUCCAGCGAGACUUUCCUCACCAUUCUUUCUCUGCUUGCCGUCGCUCUGACCUUCACAACCUCGACAUGCAGCGCGACCUUAACGAAGGUGUACACCAUCCUGUUCAUUGUUGUAAUGUUUGCGAUAACCGUCAUCAGCGUCUUCUUGUGUAUCGCCGGCGCAGUCAGUGCGUGCCACGGAGAAAAAAAACUCUGGCUGACUCUCAUCGCAAUCGGCUGGGUGCUCUUUGCCGCGCUGGCGAGCGUGGUAGGGGGCUUCGCCAUCUCCGAAUUCAACAGCAUUAUGCUUGCUUCGUGCAGACAGUGUCCAGAAGGCUUCAGCGGAAGCUUUGAAAAGGUCGAUAUCGCCACGGUUUGUGCGCAGUAUCUGUGACACCGCCUGCAAUCGCGGCAAAGUCCACGGACACCUUGCCGAAUUUUUUCAGCUAUGAAAAGUUUCACGGUGUCCGUAUUCAUGUGCAUGCAGUUGCCAUUGAUGGGAAGAUCGCCAAAGGCAGUCGACGAUGGAAAAAAAACUCACUUUUCGCCACAGUAGAGCAGCUUGUGACGAACCGCUGCACUACACAUUGGCGAAUAAGUAGUACAGAGGGUAAGUUACUGCAAUGCGCAAGCAAGCGGGGCAGCUUUGGACGGCAGGUGGACUUGCGUACUUUGAAAGUAACAAGGGAGAAACGCCGGGGAAGAUGAACUUAUGCAGACCACAUUCUAUGAGAAACACUGUGGUCUCAAUGCGGCGUCUUGUCCAGAACUACGCCCCUCAUGGGGGUAUCGAAAAGGAUGUACGGCAUCGUCCACAGGCCUUUUCCAAGGCUUGUGCAACGCGUUCCAUUCUGUAUAUUCGAGGGCUGCUCCCUCCGCCUAGUAGUCUCGAACGACCCCCCGCUCUCAGCGCGCACUGCUGGCAUCCAACCUCACACUUGUCCUGCGCGAAAAAAGCCAAUCGCCCAAUCGCCGCUGUUAUAUGAGGACACGAAUAUACGAUUUUACUUAAUUUUAAAGCCGUGUCCCAUGACUCCAAGGAGGCAUCCUCGCGCAGUGAUUGUGCACAGCCCCCAUG